AUGGUUGAAUUCAAAGACUUGCCUGGGGAAAUCCGAUCCGAAAUCUGGGCCGAGUGCCUGUCCGAUGCAGACAUGCCAGGCGUGUAUUUCUUCGACCCGGAGGACUUCGGAAUCAAGGAGGAGAGCGAGGAGGACCAGGCCGAAUCCGACUGGGAGGUCGAGCGAGAGGUCGUAGUCGCCUUCCCAGCCAUCAUGCACGUGUGCCACGAGUCUCGCGAGUACGCCAAGAGCCGCCUAUCAUUCAGGGAGGACACGGUCAGAAACAUCAACAUCCCAUGCCGCCCAUACCGGCCAGAGAAGGAUGCCUUCUUUGUGCCGUACCGGUACUUCGACGAGUUCAUUGCGGCCGUUCGAAAGUCCCAGUUCGACGAGUACAACGGAGAGCUCCCGGAGGGCACGAAGCCCUUCUGCCGAGAGAUCGCGCAUCUUGCCUUGAGCUCGCACAUGCUCAUGGACGAGGACGUGGGCACACUCGGAUACUUCGUCCCCGAUUUGACGGCGCUGCGGCACCUGUCCUUCGUGUUUGGCAACACCGACACGCUCGAUUUGUCCAGGCCACUGGCCAUGGCCGGCGUGGGGACAGACAAGGCAGAGCUAGUCCCUGGGAAGCCGCGCACUAGGGUCCACGUGGAAGAGGCACUGGACGACCUUAUGGGCCAAGCGUCAUUUUGGGAGCUCUCUGAUGAAGCCACUGCGCCGUGGAAUGAGGAGACUGGCGAGUGGCUCUUCGACAUGGAAGCGAAUACGGUAGAACGUGUCCGUGGGUUGGCCUAG